UAGCAUGGUGUUUCUCCAAUAUCAAUUUGCUUUUGUACCAAUGUGUCGUCAGUGGGGAAGGUACCUGUCAGAGUUGAUGGAUGUUUUCUGACAUUCUUCAUUGAAUCAAGGACCACACUUUCAGCACCUGACCCAACUCAAUUGCCCUAUGCUUUACUCAACAGUUUCUGCAUUCAGUAUCAUUCAGCCCAGUUGUCUCAAUAAUUUAGAAGCUGGUCUCCUCAGCAAGCCCAACAUCACUAUUGAGAAAACAUGAACAUUCAAUCCAGCUACUUUUCUUCCAGAAGAAGUUGAAUUAGUUGACAUUGAUUAUAGAACUUCCAACAUUCUUGACUCUUAAGGAUAUAAGAGGAGUCCAAACCACCAUGAUAAAACCAACUACUGAAUGACUCUCAAAUGAGAAAAGAUACUGGAAUCCUGAGGAUUAUGGAAGAACCUGAAUGACUUGUUGUUCCAGAUUUUUCACCUCUAUCAAUACAACCACUGGAGACCUGAAAAGCUGAAGGUGCUCUCCCAAAAGUACUGGUGGGAGUGAUUUGGAAAGGUCCAGUUCCCUGCAAUAUCCCUAAACUUCAUGUAGGUGACUGGAGAAAACAGUCCCUCAAGCCCCAGUGAAAAGACUUUAUCAGGAGACGCAGCAUCAUUCCAUCUCUUCUGGACCAAUCAGCGCACCUCAGUCUUCUACACCAUCCAAUGAGUGCAAGGAGGUGGCAUUUUCCAGCACCGCCUCCUACUAGUCUCACCAUCAGCAAGGCCAACCCCCUGCACUCGAAGAAGGGAAGGGUGGAGGAUAGCGCCGCCUCUAAGUGUAGCCGCUGGCUCUGGUGCUAUUGGCUGCUGCGCCGAGCGCCCAUCACCAGCGAUCUGCUGAGCGAGGAGCUAGGGGUCUCCCGGAAGUCCUCUCGCCGAAGGGGUCCUGACUGAGGCGUUUUCCUACCAGGGAAAAAGAAAUGGAGACCUUAACUGAUGCUCCUUUCCUUGCAACUAAAGUGAAAAACACGUUGUGCCAGUACCACAGUAUUAAAGAUGAUAAAUGGAGAAUUGCUAAGAAAACGAAAGAUGUAACAGUUUGGCGGAAGCCAUCAGAGGAAUUCAGUGGAUAUCUCUACAAGGCUCAAGGUGUUAUGGAGGAUUCUACCAAUAACAUUAUAGAUUAUAUACGUCCAGGGCCUCGUCGCCUACAUUGGGACAGCUUGAUUACGUCCCUGGAUAUUAUUGAGCAGUUUGAAGAGAAUUGCUGUGUGGUCCGUUACACGACUGCUGGGCAACUGUUUAACCUCAUUGCACCAAGAGAGUUUGUGGAUUUCUCCUAUACAACACAGUAUGAAGAAGGGCUCAUAUCAUGUGGUAUAAGUGUCCACUAUGAAGAAGUGACACCACAGUUUGUCCGUGCAUAUAAUCAUCCUUGUGGUUGGUUUUGUGUCCCACUUAAAGACAGUCCUGAUCAAAGUCUUUUGACAGGCUAUAUUCAAACAGAUCUUCGAGGGAUGCUUCCUCAAUCUGCAGUAGAUACAGCCAUGGCUAGCACCUUGGUAAACUUUUUUGGUGAUCUUAGAAAAGUCCUGAAGGCCUAAUUGGAUGUGAACCAAAAUACCAUGAACUCAUCAUCAUUCAUUUCUUUUUCCUGUAUUAUGUUGUAAAAAUCUUAGGCUAGUAGGUAAGCACUUUGUUGUUCUGGUAUAUCAUAUUUUCUUUUAUUCUUAAUACCCAUAGAAGGCAUUUCAGUAUAGUUGUAGUAUCUAGAAAACUGGAUUUCAUCUUCUUAAGAGCUAAUUAGUAUAUCACUGUGAAUAUGUAUUUGUUGGCUUCUUAGGAAUUAAUCAGAAGCACAAACUUCAUGUUGUUAGGUUCUUUGUAAAAAUUUUAAAUGGUUUUUUAAAAGUAUAUAUAUAUAUGUACCUCCGUGUGUACAAAAUAAUUUGUGGUAGUAUGUAUAUUCAAAAUAAUUUUCUGAUCUUAUUGUUAAAUUCAUGUUUUAAAAAUUCAGUUGCUUUGAAAUUGAUUUAGACUUAGAAGAAUUAGAGGAAACAGUAAUUUUUAAAAUUAAUUUUCAGAAGGUCUCCAUUGUUAGUUAAUGUGCCAGUUAAGUACUGAAAUAAAGAAAUAUAAAGGUUUUCCACAAACUACAGUUGAUACAAAUAAUUUCAUUUAUUAGAUAGAAUUAAAAUAUAUUUUCAUGUAAAUAGGCAGUUUCAUCAUUCUUUUGUUAAAUAUCUAAGAUAUAUUGACUUGAAACCUCUUUAGAAAUACUUGAAGAUGUUUGUAGGUAGAAUUGGGCUAUGACAAAAACUAUAACAAAGAAAAUAUUCAAAUGUUGUGUGAGAGUAGCAGUAGAUUUUACAGUAAUAGCCCAUGCCAGUGCAGAGCAUUGGUAAUGUGUGAAAAAAUUGUUACUUGAGAAUUGCCUACAAAGAAAGAUCAAAGACAUGUACUCUUUUAUUUUUGAAGAUAAAUACAUAGCUUCUUAUGGAGCAUUCUAAUUGUGAAUAGUAACAAUGCCAAGAUAGCAUAAUUUAAGCCAUAGCUAAAACAAAUGUACGGCUAGUGAUCGAUUAUCUGCACAGCUUUGAAAAGUCAUGAUGACUUGAAUGACCCAAGUAGGGAAGUGUCCCAGUAGUACAGAUGUGUUCAAUUCAAGCUUAUUCUAGAUGAUGCUAUUGUACUUAUGUCUGGGCUUAGGAAAAAAACUAUCAGAAGCUGGUUUAGAUGUGAAACAUAGAAAAUAUAGAUGAUUUCUAAGGCAAGCACAUGAGGUUUGUGAAUAUGCAUAUAUGUAAUAUAACAGAUUUUAAAAUGUACCCUAUCUCCUCCUACUUAUGGUGGUGAACGGAAAGGAUAUAAAUGUUCUUGAAAAUAUUUUGGGUUAUACGUAGCCCAAUGAUUAAAGCCAUGAAAGUAUCAAAUAAUUGACCUGGACUCCUAAUCUGCAUUUUAUUUUCUUAUCAGAAAAGAAAAAGUGCUAGCUGCUAUUUGAUUAAGCAUAAAUGCAGAAUAGUUGUUGGUUAAUUGUGGUCUAAAAGCAAAAAAAAAAUUUAUAUUAGGAUUGUACUGUCAGAUUCUUCUGCUUAUUUUCCUCCUCCUUUUUCCUCCGUUCACACUCUGAUUCAAGAAUUGAUGACUUCUAGCCCUUUAAGGAUAGGAAAUUUUCAUUAAUUAAACAUAACAUGAAAAUCAACUAUUGCUUGAAUUAGAUUGAUCUACAAAUUUCUAGAUAUACCAGUAUCUAUACUGCUUUCAUUAAUUCAUAUUUCUGAAAUCCAGAAUGAUAAGCAAUUAUUUUUCCAGAUAUCUAAUUACUGCUUUAUAUCAUAGAGAUAGUAAAUCAUUGGUGGAUUUGCACUACUUAAAAAUUAAAUUUGGCUUUAGUAUUGCACAUUAGUUCAUCUAGGCAGCCUGCUUAAAUAUAACUGUCAAGAUAAACCAAAGAUGACAUAAACACUACUAUGGACCAUGCAUUGUAAUACUGAAGAAAACAAGCCAUGAGAUAUGUUGCUUAGAGAAAGUGAGUACUUUACUUAAAUUUAGGAAUUUUGUGGUGAUAAUGUAUUGAAUUGUCAGACCUUGGUGACAUAGUUGCUAUUUCAAAAGUUUAUUUAGAAUAUGUAAAAUUGUGACCCAUUUAAAUAUAAGAUUGUUCCUAAUUUAGUAUUUAAUUGAUUGAUUAGUGAAUAUAUCAAUUCUUAAUGCUAGAAAAUGAAAUAGCAAAUAUUUUGAAAUUAACUUUUUCUAUAGAAGUAUUCUAAUCUUAUGCUGUGCUAUUAGUUAAAUGGGACUUUGGAACUCUAGGAAGUAGGUUAUUAACUACUAUCAAUAAAAAGGGAAUUUUUAUGAGAAAUUAUCUUCCUUUGGAGAAUGAUUAGACUUUGAUACUGGUGAUUAAACAAACAUUCACACAUUCACACACAUAUAAAACAUGUAUUUAAUAUAUGCAUAUAAAUACAUGUAUGCAUAUAGUAUACACGUGUGUAUAUAUGCACAGAGAUAUAUUCACACAAAUAUAUAUACACUGCUGUUGAGAUACGUAGUUUCCUGCUAUUUGUAAGCAGUUUAAUCUUAGAAACACAUCUUAAGGAAAUUAUGGAUUCAGUGCUGUUGAUAGUAUUUAGCACCCUGUGACUGACUUUUAAAAAAUCUUUUGUACAAGGCAUGGUUAUUUAAUGUAGUUUACAUUAUUUUGAUAUUUUCAGUGGUUUAACCCUUGAAAAUUGAUGCAAUAUUGGGGUUAAUAACAUUUUCAAUAUGUAAUAUAACAAUUAUAUCAUACUUUUCCGAAACAGAAAUUGUGAGCAUUAAGAAUUUUGGAAAAUCAUCAGCAUAAUUGACCAUAUCAAUACGAAAAUCAACAGAAAUAAUGUGUUUUAAUAGAUAUAGAAAAAAAAACUUUAACAAAAUACAAAGCCCAUUACUAUUAAUAAUAGGAAGCAUAGGAAUAAAUGGAGCUUUCCUUUAAAUGAGAAGGAAUAUUUAAAACUAUCAGCAAGCAUUAUUUAUAAUGAGAAAAACCUGGAAGCCUUCCCAGUAAGAAUAGAAGUGAAACAAGGAUGUACAUUAUCACCACUGUUAUUCAGUAUUGUAUUAGAAAUGCCAAUUAUAGCAAUAAGAGAAAACAAGGAAAUUGAAUGAAUUAGAAGAGGUAAAACUGUCCAUCCCUAUGAUGUUAUACAUAGAGAAGAUUAGAGAAUCAACUAAAAAACUAGUUGAAGUAAUUAACAACUUAAGCAAAGUUGUUUUGCUAGACUAUAAAAUAAAAUCCAAAUAAAUCCUUAGCAUUUACCAAAUGGCAACAUUACCAACCAAAAUCCAGCAAUAAAAUAUAGAAAGAGGAAUCCCAUUUAAAAUAACUAGAAAAAAUGAAAUACAUGGGAAUCUACUUGCCAAGACUAGGAACUAUAUGAACACAGUUAUAAAAGACUUUUCACACAAACUCAGAUCUAAACAGUUGGAAAAAUAUUCAUUGCUCAUAAGAAGGCUGAGCCAAUAUAAUCAAAAUGAUAAAUCUACCUAAAUUUAUUUACUCAGUGCUAUAUCAAUCUAUUAUGUGAAUAAUUAUUAUAUAAUAAUGUGCCCUAGCUUUACCAGAUCUCAAACUAUAUUAUAAAAUGGUAAUCAUCAAAACAAUAUGGUACUAGCUAAGAAAUAACAGUGGCAGGUCACUGGAAUAGAUUAGGAACACACUGCACAAUAAUAAAUGGUAAUCUGGUAUUUGAUAAACCCAAAGACCUAUCCUUUUGUAACAAAAACUCAUUAUUUGACAAAAACUAUUAGGAAAACAGAAAAACAUGGCAGAAAGUAGGUGUAGACCAACAUUCACACUGUAUACUAAAAUAAAGUCAAAUUGGAUACAUAAUUUAGACAUAAAGGUUAAUAACAUGAGCAAAUUAGGAAAGCAAGGAACACUUGUCAGCUCUAUGUAUAAGGAAAGAAUUUAGAAUUAAACAAGAUAUAGAGAGCAUUAUAAAAUAUAAAAUGGGUAAUCAAAAUUAUAAAUAUAUAAAUUAGCAAGAUUUUGCACAAACAAAAUCAAUGCAUCCAAAAUUAGAAGAAAAGCAGAAAAUUGGAGGAAAUUUUUCACACCAAGUGUCUCUGACAAAGGUCUUAUUUCUCAUAUAUAUACAAAACUAAAUCAAAUUUAUAAUAAUACAAUUCAUUCCCAAUUGAUAAGAAAACAAAUCUAGAGAGAGAGAAUGAUUUAUUUGUGAUCUCACAACUGAUCAGUGGCAAAGGAUGUGAAUAGCAGUUUCAGAGAAAUCAAAGCUAUAGUCAAAUGAAAAACUGCUUUAAGUCACUAUUGAUUAAGGAAAUGCAAAUUAAAAUAACCCUGAGGUAUCAUCUCACACCCCAUUAUAUUGGAUAACAUGACAGAAAAGGGAAAUGUUAAAUAUUUGAGGUAAUGUGGGAAAACAGACACUGGUGAUGGAGUUGUAAACUGAUGCAACCAUUCUGGAGAGCAAUUUGGAAUGAAUCAAAAAGCUAUAAAACCAGGCUACCCAUUGAUCCAGCAAUACUUUUGCUAGGUCUGUAUUCCAGGGAGGUGAGAGGGAGCAUAAAAUAUAUGUAAAAAUUAUUGCAGUGUAUAUACUUUUUGUAGUGGCUAAAAAUGGGAAAUUGAGGGUAUGCCCAUAAAUUGGGAAAUGGCUGAACAAGUUGUAGUAUAUGAUUGUAAUGAACUAUUAUUGUGCUCAAGAAAUGACAAGCAGGAUUAUUUCAGAAAAACCUAGGAAGACUACAUGAACUGAUGUAACAUGAAGUGAGCCGAACUAGGAGAACAUUGUACACAGUAAUAGCAAUGUUGUAUGAUGAACACGAUGAACAACUUAGCUGUUCUCAGCAAUAUAGUGAUUCAAGACAAUCCCAAAGGAUUUAUGAUGAAAAAACGCUAUAUGCUUCCAGAGAAAGAAUUUAUAAGCACCUGAAUACAGAUGAAGAAUACUAUUUUUGUUUAAAUAUUUUUGGAAAAAUGACUAAUAUGGAAAUGUUUUAUAUGGAAACGCAUAUUUAACUUGUUUUAAAUUGCUUAGUAUCUCAGGGAGGGGAUAGGGAUGGGAGGAAAGAAUAGAAUUUGGAACCCAAAACUGGGGGGAAAAAAAACUAUGAAUGUUAGAAAUCGUUUUUGCAUGUAAUUGGGGGGAAAUAAAAUAUUAUUUAAAAAAGGA